AUGACUGACAGUCAGCUACAACUACUCUUGAGGACAUGUUGUGGUGUAGAUGAUCAUCAGAGUAUUGACCGGGGGCCCGCGGGGGCGUGUCCGUGGGCGGGUGGACACGUAACCAUGCGGUGGUCACCGGAUGUGCCCGUGACUUCCGGCGCGUCAACCAAUUACGUGGCAGAACGCCUACCAGUGGUUGUGGUUGGGGACUGUGGCAGUCGUGCGCCCCACGUCCGCCACCACCAUAGAGUAAUCAGAGUAUGGAAGCCAACACCAUGGAGUAAUGAGAGAGGCGGCGUUGGUGAAUCCAGUUCGUUGUUCUUGACUAGGUCUUCUCCUUCUCAUAACCCAUACGGGACGAUGACAAUGUCGCACAACGUUAAAAGUCAGACACCGCCAAAGUCUGACAACGAUGAACCCAGACACUUUCAAAAGUGUUCCAGUUUAACGCUGCACGCCAACGACAAGCACGGAAACUUUAUCUGUCAUGGUUUAUCGUCGUCCGACUUUGUCGUGGCCCCUUCUCAAAAAAAUUCACUCCAUUGCUACACCAGACUGAGAGAAAAUUUGACCCCCCCCUUACCCAUCCCCCCCAACUUCCAUGGUUCUGACUUGUGGUUGGGAAGUCAAGGCCUUGCACAGUCACAGUGGUGUAGUUGGACAUUUUCCAAUAAAGUAAUUACAAAAUUGAAUAAUGUAUCGUAUGAAACAGGUUACGAGACAUCACGAGCGUUGGCCAGGCACGGUUGUCACGUUGUGUUGGCAUGUCGAUCAGUAGCGCGAGCGGAAGAGGCAAUCAAACGUAUCAGAGCAGAGAGACCCCAGGCUCUGUGCACAGCUGUGCCACUGGACCUGCGCUCUCUACGAAGUGUCAAGGAGUUUGUAAAUACACUCAGAGGAGAUCCACGGUUCAACAGAGGUGUCGACAUUCUGAUCCUGAAUGCAGGAGUGUUUGCUCUGCCCCAUUCCUUGACUGAGGAUGGUUUAGAAACAACAUUCCAAGUCAACUAUCUCAGUCAGUUCUACCUUGUGUUGCUCCUGGAAGAAAUGCUCGCCAAAGCGGCUCCAUCCAGAGUGGUCUUUGUCUCAUCAGAAUCUCAUCGUUUCAGUACGAUGAAUGCCAGCAACAUAUCCAAAGAGUGGUUGAGCCCCGGCCCGGAGCAGUUCUGGAGUAUGAUGGCGUACAAUGACAGCAAGCUGUGUGGUGUGGUUGCAGCCCGGGAACUGGCCCGGCGCUGGGUCACCCGGGACAUUUGUGUGUUUAGUUGUCACCCGGGCAACAUGGUCAGCUCUGAUCUGUCCCGCCACUGGUGUCUGUAUAGACUACUCUUUACACUGGUUCGACCCUUCACAAAGUCACUGGAGCAGGCAGCCAGUACACAGGUGUAUUGCGCCUCUGCCACUGAGCUCAGCGACGUCAGUGGUUUGUACUUCAACAACUGUUGUCGCUGUGAGCCCAGCAAGUCCGCACAGGAUCCUCAACUUGCCUCAAAACUGUGGAACGUCUCACUCGACCUGAUCGCCUCACAUUUCUCCUCCCUCGACAUUCCAGACAAGUACCGUCAUAAACGUUAACGUGUAAAAGUAGGAAUUUACUGCAAAGGCCCUGUCUUAUGUUUGAGUUAGAAAUUAUUUUCUUUUAUGUACAUACUUUAUGUGUGAUUAAGAUUGUGAUAUGUAUGUCUGGUACAGGUGUGUUGACAUGAAAGUGCUUUUAAAAAGAUUUUGCUUUUUUCUAAAAUAUGCAGUAAAUUUUUGUUAUCCUUCAUUCUGCUGUAUUUACAUCAUUAGUAGGAAUUUACUGCAAAGGCCCUGUCUUAUGUUUGAGUUAGAAAUUAUUUUCUUUUAUGUACAUACUUUAUGUGUGAUUAAGAUUGUGAUAUGUAUGUCUGGUACAGGUGUGUUGACAUGAAAGUGCUUUUAAAAAGAUUUUGCUUUUUUCUAAAAUAUGCAGUAAAUUUUUGUUAUCCUUCAUUCUGCUGUAUUUACAUCAUUAGUAGGAAUUUACUGCAAAGGCCCUGUCUUAUGUUUGAGUUAGAAAUUAUUUUCUUUUAUGUACAUACUUUAUGUGUGAUUAAGAUUGUGAUAUGUAUGUCUGGUUCAGGUGUGUUGACAUGAAAGUGCUUUUAAAAAGAUUUUGCUUUUUUCUAAAAUAUGCAGUAAAUUUUUGUUAUCCUUCAUUCUGCUGUAUUGAGUAUAUAAAUUCAGAAAAAAAAUAAAAGAAAUACAAUGUGUUAUACUAUAUUAGUAGUAUUGUCUUUAUGAGCUUCAAUUGUUCUGUGUUGUAAUUUCAAAAGAAACAUUUUGAAUUCAAUGUUGUCAUGUUGCCACCCUGCAAGGUGGCUUAGAGUGGGGAGUUGGCUUGAGUGGCUUGAGGGACCUCUUUCUUUAAAAAUGGAGAUAAAGAUAAGAACAGCAGAACUCCUUAAUUGGCACAAACCUUUUUUGAUUCUGAGUGAAAUGGGUGUUAAUCUCUUUUGAUGAGUGAGUUUUUCAUAGUUUCUGUAGUUUUUCCAAGCUUUUUUCUAAAUAAGCAGUAACUGGUUAUUUUUAUGGUAAAUAAUAAAUGCUUUAAACUACUGUACCUAUUCUAGUCUUCAGACAACCAAAAAACCAUUGGAGGAUUUAGGAUUUUGGGGGCGCAUGGUAGAGAAAAAUUCUUUAAAAGGUAAGUGGAGAGAGUUGUAAUAAUCUCUCGGGCCCAUAGCGCAUCACAUGCAAACUGCUGGCCUGGGUUGAAUCCGUUUUAAAGUUGGUUUAGUAAUAAUCUAAUAGUAUACAAAAUAAAAUACCCUUUUUAAUUAUACUGGACAGAGCUAACCUUUAAUGUCUUUGAUAGAUUUCCUAACAACAUUUCCCUAAAAAUCCAGUAAAAGCUGGAAUUUUAGGAAUAGGGAAGUUCGAAACGAACAAAAUGAUUUCUGGACCAAUACAACAGGGAACUUUGGGUUUCACUGAAAAAAGAACUUAAUAGCUGACUCAAAAUCCUAGCAUUGAACUUAUUGAAUUUUAGAUCAGAAAAAUGGGAGCAAACAGAAUUUACAAUUUGAAAUUAUGAAAAAAAAAUCAAAUUAAAGUAAUUAGCCUAUUUUUGGGGGUUUCAAUUGGCUUCAAAUGUGCCAAAAGUCAAUAAAAGAGCAGAUGCUCAAUCUCUUUAGAAGAAAUAGAUUGAAAAUUGAGGUCACUAAACAUACGGAUGAUAUAUGGUUCUGGGUUGCAUGAAGAAAAUUAAAUAUUAAUAUUAUUUGGUUUGUUUUAUAACUUUUUUUGGGUGUGUUUGAUGAGUGUAAAGAUUACACAACAGAUUUCAAUGACUGGAGUUGAAAAAAGUGAAUGCUGCACAAGUAGCACUUUAACAA